AGAGUGUGAUGAGGAUUCUCCUGUAAAAAAAACCUUACCCGCUCCUCUAAAACCCUCAUCUUCUCCGAUUAUCUUCCCUCAUCGCCGGUACAAAUCGGGGAAAAGAAUGAAGAUUAGGUUCUGUAGCGGCUUCACGAAACCUGGGUUUUUGCUAGUUCACUUUGAGCCACCAUCUUUUUUCUCCGUUAAAUCACGGUCACUCUUCGAUUCCACUUAUGGCAACUUGUGCAACCACAAGAAGAGACCUGGAAUCGGUCUAAGAGCCCAAUGCGCUAUUGCAAAUCGGAGAUUUACUUCGCGUUCCGUUGAUUCGCCGAGAAGGGAAAGGUCUCGUUCUUCUUCGGGAAGGGAUAAGGAUAAAGGGAGAGAUUCUCAGUCUUUGUAUAGUCGUCCGAGUUUGUUAGAGAUGAACAAGGAGAAAGCUGCUAAUCGAGCUAGGGUUUAUGAAUUCUUGCGUGGGAUUGGGAUUGUUCCUGAUGAGCUUGAUGGGCUUGAACUCCCUGUAACAGCUGAUGUGAUGAAAGAGCGUGUAGGUUUUCUUCACAAGUUAGGGCUUACCGUCGAAGAUAUCAACAAUUACCCUCUUGUGCUUGGUUGUAGCGUGAAGAAGAACAUGGUCCCUGUGCUAGAUUAUCUCGGGAAACUAGGUGUGAAGAAAUCGACCUUCACCGAGUUUCUUAGAAGAUACCCGCAGGUUCUUCACUCUAGUGUUGUUAUAGAUCUUGCACCGGUGGUCAAGUAUCUCCAAGGACUUGAUAUUAAACCCAGCGAUGUACCUCGUGUGCUUGAGAGGUACCCAGAAGUUUUAGGCUUUAAGCUGGAAGGGACUAUGAGCACAUCGGUCGCUUAUUUGGUCGGUAUAGGUGUAGCUAGGAGAGAGAUUGGAGGUAUUUUGACUCGAUACCCGGAGAUCUUGGGAAUGCGCGUAGCUCGAGUAAUUAAGCCUCUUGUGGAGUAUCUUGAAGGUCUUGGUAUUCCGAAACUGGCUGUAGCUAGGUUGAUUGAGAAACGGCCUCACAUUCUCGGGUUUGAAUUGGAUGAAACGGUGAAACGAAACGUGCAAACACUGCAAGAUUUCAAUGUCAGAGAAACAUGUCUUCCUUCUAUAAUUGCACAGUAUCCUGAAAUCAUAGGAAUCGACCUGAAACCUAAGCUUGAGACGCAAAGGAAGCUGCUUUGUUCAGCCAUCGAUCUAAAUCCAGAGGAUCUCGGCUCGUUGGUCGAGAGAAUGCCGCAGUUUGUUAGCCUCAGUGAGUCACCUAUGCUAAAGCACAUUGCUUUCCUCAAGGAGUGGGGAUUUUCUAUCGAUCAAACGAGGGAAAUGGUGAUCGGGUGUCCUCAGGUUCUAGCUUUGAACCUCGGAAUAAUGAAGCUCAGCUUUGAAUACUUCCAAAAGGAAAUGAGAAGACCUCUUCAAGAUCUUGUGGAUUUUCCCGCGUUCUUUACCUAUGGGCUCGAGUCCACGGUUAAGCCGAGGCAGAAGAAGAUAUCCAAGAAGGGAAUCAAAUGCUCGUUGGCUUGGAUGCUUAACUGCUCCGACGAGAAAUUCGAACAGAGAAUGAGCUACGACACGAUAGAUAUUGAAGAGGUAGAAUCUGAUCCAUCUUCUUUUGACAUGAGUACGUUGAUGCAACCUGAAAGAGAGGAGGAAUCUGAUUCCGAGUACGAGGAAGAAGAAGAUGAUGAGGACGAGGAGUUUGCGUAACCGUAGAAAUCGAAGCAAUGCACAAAAUGGUCCAAAUGCUAACAAUGCAGGCAAAUGAAUCGAAGUAAAAGUUUUGGAAAGAUGAUUGCUUUGAAUUCGAACAGAUUCUCUGUCGUUGUACUUGUAACGAAUUCUUUGUUCAAGUUGAUAGCAGAACAAAUGUACCAGAAUGUAAUGUUAUUACCCAUAAUUACCAAACUACCCUCAGGGGCAAAUCAGUAAUAUUGAC